AUGUAUGUCAAAAGUAUAGUUCGUCAAUCAGUUCGGUAUGCAUCUGAUAAAGCUGCCAGAUUUGUUCCUAAAACUGGGGUUUAUCCAAAGGGGUUCGUGGUAGGGGGGAUCCAUUCUGGAGUCAAGAAAGAUGGGAAAUCAUUAGAUUUAGCUCUUUUAAAGAAUGAAUUUGGUAAGGAAGCUUCUGCAGCAGCUGUAUUCACUACUAAUAAAUUCAGAGCUGCUCCUGUUCAAGUUUCAUCCAAAAUCAUUAAAGAAAAAAAGGGUAAAGGUAUCAAUUCAUUAGUAGCCAAUAGUGGAAAUGCUAAUGCUGUUACUGGAUCCCAAGGUAUAAAAGAUGCUGAAGAUAUGGUUAUAGUUACUGAUUCGGUAUUGGAAAACUCUAGUAAUUCAACUUUAGUCAUGUCAACUGGGGUAAUUGGUAAUAAUUUACCAAUUGAUAAUAUCUUAUCAGGAAUUCCUAAAUUAGCCUUAACUAAUUUAGGUAAUACUCAUCAACAUUGGAUUGAUUGUGCUACUGCUAUAUGUACCACUGAUACUUUCCCAAAGUUGGUCACUAAACAAUUUGAAUUAAACGGAGUUACUUAUACAUUAGCUGGUUUAUGUAAAGGUGCAGGUAUGAUUUGUCCAAAUAUGGCUACCUUAUUAGGAUUCUUCGUUACUGAUGCACCAGUUACUCCAAGUGCUCUUCAACAAAUCUUAAAAUACGCAGUUGAUAGAUCUUUCAAUAGUAUAUCUGUUGAUGGUGAUAUGUCAACCAAUGAUACCAUUGUUGCUAUUGCUAAUGGUGCUGCUGGUGGUGAAUUAAUUGAGAGUUCUUCCAGCUCAGCUACAAGUUUUUCAAUAUUACAACGUGAAAUCACUGAUUUCGCUCAACAAUUAGCUCAAUUGGUAGUCAGAGAUGGUGAAGGGGCCACCAAAUUCAUUGAACUUAAAGUUAAAGAUGCUUUAUCAUAUAAAGAUGCUAAGAUUGUCGCGUCAAGUAUUGCUAAUUCAUCAUUAUUUAAAACUGCCAUGUAUGGUAAAGAUGCCAAUUGGGGACGUAUCUUAUGUGCCAUUGGAUAUUCCAAUGUUACUAGUUCUGAAUCAAUCAUUCCAUCCAGAACCAGUGUAUCAUUCAUUCCAAGUGAUGGAUCUGAAAAAUUAGAUUUAUUAAUUGAUGGAGAACCAGAAUUAGUUGAUGAAGCUAGAGCAUCACAAAUCUUAGAAGCUGAAGAUUUGGUUAUUGAGAUUGAUUUAGGUACUGGAGGUGGUCAAGAAGCCAAAUUCUGGACCUGUGACUUAUCUCAUGAAUACGUUACCAUUAAUGGUGAUUAUAGAUCUUAG